AUGAGCAUGUUGAAGGAAGUCAUUAUCCGUGAAGUUUGGGCAUACAAUUUAGAGAAUGAAUUCAAUCUCAUCCUUCAAGCUAUCUAUGAACAUCAUGUAAUCAUUUCAAUGGAUACAGAAUUUCCCAGCGUAAUUCAUUCCCCAAAAAUUGACUAUCGUCAUCUUCUACCCUCUGAUCACUACAGUUAUUUGAAAGCCAAUAUUGAUGAUCUUAAACUCAUUCAAGUUGGACUCACACUUUCGGAUUCUGAGGGAAACCUUCCUGACUUUGGAACCAAUAACAGUUACAUCUGGGAGUUUAAUUUCUGUGAUUUUGACGUCAAUCAUGAUCCCUGUAAUCAAGAUUCCAUUGAUAUGCUCCGCCGUCAAGGGAUCAAUUUUGAGCGCAAUUUAUUUCACGGUGUGGAUUCAAAGCAUUUUGCUGAUCUAAUGUUCUCGUCGAUACUUGUUUAUAACGAAUACGUUACUUGGGUCACCUUUAGUAGCGCUUAUGAUUUUGGAUAUUUGGUGAAGAUCCUGACAGGAAAGAAUUUACCAAACCAGUUAGAGGAUUUUUUGAAAAUAGUUGAAAUAUUGUUUGGAAAAAGUGUUUAUGACAUGAAAUAUAUGAUGAAGUUCUGCAACUCUCUUUAUGGUGGUCUCGAGCGGGUAGCUACUACGCUUAAUUUGGAAAUUCUUAAUGUGUGUCGGGAAGUUGGAAAUGCUCAUCAAGCCGCAUUGGAUAGUUUGUUGACGUGGCAUGUAUUCGACAAAAUGAUAAAGACUUAUUUUAAGCAUGAUGAAGCUCCCAAGCAUGCGGGAGUGCUGUUUGGAUUAGAAAUUGCAGCUUAG